ACCAUGACCUCUUUUUCUCUCUGUGUGAAUUAAGGAAAAUGGCUGAGGCCAGCAUUUCAGUGGAUCAGGAGCAGUUCAACUGUCCAGUGUGUCUGGAUCUCCUCAAGGAUCCGGUGACUAUCUCCUGUGGUCACAGUUUCUGUAAGGUGUGUAUUAAUGGCUGUUGGGAUCAGGAGGAUCAGAAGGGUAUCUACAGCUGUCCUCAAUGCAGAGACACUUUCAUCAGAAGGCCUGUUCUACGCAGAAACAACAUGCUGGCUGAAGUGGUGGAAAAACUGAAGAAGACUGAAGUCCAAGCUACUUCUCCUGCUCACUAUUAUGCUGGAGCUGGAGAUGUGGAGUGUGAUAUCUGCACUGGGAGAAAACACAAAGCCAUCAAGUCCUGUCUGGUGUGUUUAGCUUCAUUUUGUGAAUGUCAUUUGAAACCUCAUCUUGAAGUUCCUGCUUUGAAAAAACACACAUUAAUUGCAGCUUCAGCAAAACUACAAGAGAAGAUCUGCUCUGAACAUAACAAGCUGACUGAGAUCUACUGUCGUACUGAUCAAAACUGCAUCUGUUAUUUGUGUACAAUGGAUCAUCACAAAGGUCAUGACACUGUCACAGCUGCAACAGAAAGAGCGGAGAAACAGAGCGAGUUAAAGGAGGAGCAGAUGAAAUCCCAGCAGAGAAUCCAGGAGAAGCAGAAGAAGGUGCAGGAGCUGAAACAGGCUGUGAACACUAUAAAGCUCAAUGCACAGACAGCAGUGGAGGACGGUGAGAGGAUCUUUACUGAACUGAUCAGCUUUAUGGAGAAAAAGUGCUUGGAAGUGACCCAGCUGAUCAGAGAUCAGGAGAAGGCUGAACUGAGUCGAGUUGAUCAACUCAUGGAGCAACUGGAGCAGGAGAUUGCUGAUCUUCAGAGGAGAGUCACUGAGCUGGAGCAGCUUUCACACACACAUGAUCACAUCCAUUUCCUCCAGGUUUUAGCUUCUGGACGUCAGUCUCCUCCAUUUCAUAGACCAAAAUUUCACACAUCCAGCAUCACUGUCCAUCAACAUCUCUCAAUUAAUGGAGUGAUGAAUUCUCUCUCAGAUCUGAAAAAGAGACUCGAGGAAUUCUGUGAGGAGGAAUUCAACAAAAUCCCUCCACAUGCUGCAGCAGUUCAGAUCAUUUCAGAACCAGAACCACAGAGCAGAGAAGAGUUUCUGAAAUAUUUCUGUUAUCUGACUCUGGAUCCCAACACAGCACACUGUAACCUCAUUCUGUCUGAGAAGAACAGAGUAGUAACGCUCAGUAAGAGUGUACAGCCGUACUCUGAUCAUCCAGAGAGAUUUGACUCUUGGUUUCAGGUGUUGUGUAAGGAGAGUGUGUGUGGACGCUGUUACUGGGAGGUAGAGAGGAGUCGUGAUGGAGUUGUGUUCAUAUCAGUCUCAUAUAAAGACAUCAGCAGGAAAGGAUCGAGUAAGGGGUGUGUGUUUGGAUUCAACAAUCAGUCCUGGGGUUUGUGGGGUUCUUCUUCUUAUCUGUCUUUCUGGCACAAUAACAUAAAGGCUAAUCUCAGCGUUCCAUCAGCCUCCAGAAUAGGAGUGUAUGUGGAUCACAGUGCAGGAACUCUGUCCUUCUACAGCGUCUCUGACACGAUGAAGCUCCUCCACAGAGUCCACACCACAUUCACUCAACCGCUAUAUGCUGGGUUUGGGUUUUACAAGGUUUCUGGUUCUGCUGUGAGAUUGUGUGAUCCAGAAUAAAAAAAAAGUGUCGUGUUUUUUCCUGCACAUUUGCCAUGUUGUUGCUCAGCCAUCUGUUUUACUAGAACAAAAUCCAGCUGCACAACCCCCCCCCGUCAUUUAAUAUUUCAAUUAAAACAGAUUAAUCAUUUAAAAUAAUUAAAAAGGAAAUGUUAAAAAUUAAACUUGUAAAAUUUAAAAAGAAAAUUAUCUCAUGACCUUAGCAUUAUAAAGUUCUGUUUGUUUCAUAUUAAGCAGCGUCUCAUUAAAUAACUAAUAAACAGUAAUAAAGCCAGAACAGAACAACAUUUUAAAUCUGUUCAGGUCACACUAUGUAAAAAUAAAAUAUCACUUUUGGAAAGAAUUUGAUUUUUCUGUGGUUAACUCAUUUUCAGACAGAAGCUUUUAAUACUGAGGUCAGGAUGUCAGCAAGCCGCUGUAUCAAUGCAUGCAGGUUUUUUUCCCUCCACUUUCAAUGUGUAUUUUUAGAUUAAUUAACAUGUGGGAAAUAACUACAGUGUCAUAAAUAUGUGUUUGUGAAAAUCAAUGUAAACCUCCAACUGACUUUUCCUCCAAAAACAUCUCUUUUAAUGUUGUCAUAUAUUGUGUGUGUGAAUAGUGAUGAUAAAUCUGUCUCUGUGAACUGGAUCUGUCUGUGCUCUGACUCCUGAUUUAGAUUCUGAACAUGAUUGUUGGAAAAACUUCAUU